AUGGCAGCUCACCAUCUCCUGAUGUGGAUCCUCAUGAUUUUGGUGUCAUCCAUCCACUCAGAUGGACUAGAAAUCUACGAGGUGGUUUGACCAAUCAGACUUCAUGAUCUUCCUAAAAAAGCUUUAGAGUCCACCAGGCCUGAUAGAGUGAAAUAUGCCAUGACUCUUGGUGGCAAACGCAUUGAAAUGCAUCUAGUAAAAAACACUGAAUUUAUAACUGAGGACUACACCGAGACUCAUUAUUUGAACAAUGGGACUCCUGUCGUGACUAAACCUGAGGAAAUGGAUCUCUGCUACUACCAGGGAAAGAUCAUGAAUGACUGGAACUCAGUGAUCAGCGUGAGCACCUGUGAUGGAUUGCGGGGUUAUUUCCAGACUGCAGAACAGAGGUUUAUUAUCGAGCCUUUGUCUGAAGACACUGAUGGUGACCAUGCAGUGAUGAAGUACGAAGAUGUGACUGAUUCUCCUUAUGUAUGUGGAGUCACCAACACGACCUGGCACCCUAUUCCUGAAGGCUUCCCAGGCUCUUCCCCUGGCAAAUCUAAAGCUCGCAUGUCAGGGCAAUUAAUGCUCCUGCAAAAGAAAUACAAUGAAGUCAUCCUUGUAGUGGACAACAGAAUGUAUGUGAAGAUGGACAAGAACAUCACCAAAGUGAGACUGAAGAUCUUCGAUAUUCUCAACUUCGUUAACAUCGUGUAUAAACCGUUGAACACUUUUAUUGCUCUGGUCAGUCUGGAAAUUUGGACAGAUUCUGAUAAGAUAGCAGUGAAUACGUCAGCUGGUGAGACGCUGGAUGCGUUUACUAAGUGGAGAAAUGGCGUUCUGAUGAAGAAGAAGCAGCACGACAAUGCACAUCUGAUCACUGAAAUCGACUUUGACGGGUUGACUGUGGGCCAGGCUUACGAUGGCAGCCUGUGCACGGACUUGUCUACCGGAGUCAUCAAGGACCAUGGUACACGAGCCAUAGCUGUAGGUGCCACCUUGGCACAUGAGAUUGGACAUAACCUGGGUAUGAACCACGAUAACAGCUCGUGUGCAUGUGCCGGGGCCAGCUGCAUCAUGAUUGCCUCUCUGAGCUACAACAUCCCACAACUCUUCAGCAGUUGCAGCCUGACCGACUACGAGCAGUUCCUGAACUCACGGAACCCUGAGUGUCUCCUCAAUAAACCCCAAGCCAAAGACGUCCUCCAGCCUGCAGUGUGCGGCAAUGGCUUCCAAGAGACUGGAGAAGUAUGCGACUGCGGGCCUGUGAAGGAAUGCACCAACCCGUGCUGCAAUGCCGCCACGUGCACACUCACAGAGGGCUCAGUGUGUGCAGAUGGAGAGUGUUGUCAGAACUGUAAGAUCGCUGCUGCCACCCAGAUGUGUCGUCCCAUGCGUGAUGAGUGUGACCUGCCUGAAUAUUGCACGGGAUAUUCAAGCUCGUGCCCCGAAGACGUCUUCGCCAUGAACGGUUUGCCGUGCAAGAACAGCGCUGGCUACUGCUACAAUGGCCAGUGCCCAAAACGGGAUGACCAGUGCAUCAAAAUGUGGGGUUCAGGUGCCGUGGUAGGGGUUGAUUUCUGCUACAACCAGAACACAAGGGGAAUGUACUAUGCUUACUGUACACGAUCCAGCAAUGACCAGUAUAUAGGGUGCCAGAAACAGGAUAUAAUGUGUGGGAAGCUUUUCUGUGACAAAGGCCAGACCAACCCGAUCUAUGGCAGGUUCGUCACGUUCAACACCUGUAAAGCCACUUUCUACAGCGACAGCACCAGAGAUUUUGGUCAAGUGGACACAGGAACCAAGUGUGGUGAGGGGAAGGUAUGUAGUAAGAACCAGUGUGUGAGUUUAGACGUCGUCUACAACACAGCCAACUGCAUAGCUAACUGCAAAGGCAAUAGGGUGUGUAAUCAUAAGCUGCAGUGCACUUGCGCACCUAACUGGCUUCCACCUUACUGUGUGAGGCCAGUCAACAGGUCUGAGUCAACAGAUAUAGGUAUGCAGAUAGGCAUUGCUGUGGCCAUCUUUAUCCUGUUGGGGUCUGUUGUAGUCGGGGUGGCCAUCUAUUGCAUCAAAUGUAGGAAGAAUCAAAGCAGGCUGAGCACUCGAGCAGGGGAGGCGGAGCUGGACAGACGCAGCCCAGGUGACCCAUAA